CUACAACACAAAGAUGACGUGUAGUUGUUCCAUACGCUUGAAACGCUACGGUCAGACGCAAUCUUUAGAAGACCGGGCAUCCUUCACAGUAUAAUAAAUACAUUAUAUCGCAUCACUACAGACCGCAUAGUUAUGUCUGGAGAAGUGUCCAUGAUAGGUUCUGUCAUCCUCGCCUUGUUCCUGGCCGGCUACCUGGGCCAGCAGUAUCUGCCUCCUCCCAAACCCAGAGUGAUCGGGCUGGAUCUGGGGACCACGUACUGCUCGGUGGGGGUGUUCAACCCCGGGGUCGGCGACGUCGAGGUGAUCGCCGAUGAAGAAGGAAGGAAAAGCAUACCCAGUGCCGUGUCGUUCACCCUCACCGAGGUCCUGGUGGGGCAUGAGGCCCAGGACCUGGCUGACAGCAACCCCCAGAACACAAUCUAUGAUGCGAAACGAUUCAUAGGCAAGAUCUUCGACCCCAACCUUUUAGAACAGGAGAGUGCUCGCUACCCAUUCCAGGUGAUAAACAACAACGGCAGUGCAGAGUUCCUAGUUACCACCAAUCUGACAUUUACAGUCAGCCCAGAGUUCAUUGGCUCCAGACUAUUGUUGAAGAUGAAGCAGAUGGCUGAGAAACACCUGGGGAUGCAGAUAGAGAAGGCUGUUAUCUCUGUGCCCGCUGAGUUUGACGAAAGACAGCGAAACUACACUAUCAUGGCUGCUAAUCUUGCUGGUUUAGAAAUCCUACGGGUAAUCAACGAGCCCACGGCGGCUGCUAUGGCGUACGGCCUCCACAAGGUGGAGGUGUUCAACGUGCUGGUGGUGGACCUGGGUGGAGGAACGCUGGACGUGUCCCUGCUCAACAAACAGGGAGGCAUGUUCAUCACCAGGGCCAUGGCAGGGAACAACAAGCUGGGCGGCCAAGACUUCAGCCAGCGGCUGCUGCAGCACAUGAUGGACCAAGUCCUGCAGACGUUCGGCAUCGCAGUCUCUCUCAAAGAAGACGUCCACCGCCUCCGUCAGCACGCCGAUGAGGCCAAGCUCAACCUCACCCUCCAGCCCAGCGUCAGCGUCCGGGUGCCCCUGCAGCUCCAGGCGGCGGAGACCCCUGCAGCCGGGAAGCCGCCCGUCCUCUUCCAAAUGACCGUCACCCGCGAGGCGUUUGAGGAGCUCAACGCGGACCUCUUCCAGAAGAUCCUGGAGCCCAUCAAGACGGUGCUGGUGGAGGGCCGCCUGAAGGCUGAGGAGGUGGACGAGAUCGUGCUCGUGGGAGGCUCCACCAGGAUACCCCGGAUCAGGCAGCUGAUCCGACAGUUCUUCGGCAAGGAGCCCAACACGUCGGUGGACCCCGACCUGGCCGUGGUCACGGGGGUGGCCAUCCAGGCGGGCAUCAUGGGAGGUUCCUGGCCCUUGCAAGUCAGCGCCAUAGAAAUCCCAAACAGACACCUGCGCAAGGUCAAUUUCAACUAGUCACGGAUAGAGGCCCCCAGCUCUCAGCCUAAAACCAUGACAUAGAGGGUACCCGAGGAAUACGACUGAAUACUUUAAAGUGCAAUGCUUCUGAAAUUAGGCAGGUGUAGUCUCUGGUGAAGGUGCACAAUGGAUGAAUGCUGUUGGGUCACCAGAAUCAUUGGUUAGGGCAAGAAGAACCAGUCGCUUAUGGAGAUAUCUAUAGGAUGUUGUUUAAACAGCUAUACGUGGAUUUGUGAAAAACAUAGUUUUUAAUUAUUUGUUAACAUGUAUCAACAUCAUUUGUUACCAAUGUCACUGGUUCAUGCUUCUGAUAGUAAUAGGUGUUAAUUUUGGAUGUUUUCUAGUGACAGAUUGCUUUAUUGUACAUGUUUCUCGUCAAUGCAAUGAGAUGCCAUCUUUACAUUUAGCUGGAAUGUUAUCAUGAUUUUUUGCAUGGCAUUUCUGAUAGUGUGCCAUUCAGGGACCGAUCCUUUACAUAUAGAUAUUAUUAUACAUUGUAAAUCAGCCAGUUCAUCCAGAACUUUAAAUAUUAUUUAUUUAUUUAUUUGCACAUUUGAAUGGGCCUGUGAGCGCUUUACGUAUGGCGAUACUUCCCACUCCCUUACUUUUCCAACCGAUGUUGACCCAAUGUGCGUGCCUUUUCUGAGUGCUACCAUAGUGUUUACUGUAGGAGUGAUGUGCCACAGGCUCGUGCUUCUUCAUAUGGCCUGUUAAUGAAGACAAAAGGCUGAUGUGUAACAAAGACAUAAACACUGGCAUUAGGUUCCACAGCAGGUUAUUGGGACAAAAGAUGACAGUGUAAUUGCUAGGACUACUGCAAAGACAACGGUUUCUCAAGACCUCAUCAACAACACAUUAAGUAACUUAUAGGAGCCUACUUAAUAUGUUCUACAUUGGAGCAUUCAGCAGCUUGUCAUUCCAAUGUAUGUUUUUUUGCAGAUUGAGUUGUCCGUAUAGAUUGGCCAAUCAGCUGCUGGGAAACUGCUCUGCUUUGACAUGAUUCAUCAUCAUGUCAGAAUAUGAUGUUGGAGCUCCGCCAGUCAGAUUUAGUAUAUUUAUUUUUCUCCAAAGAGCUCACUUCUAGCAACGUGAAAGGUCCAACCUCAGCAAGCCACUUUGAAGGCCCACCUCUGCCAUGUUCCGGCUUAUUAUAUUCUCUCCAUUUCCAAUGGCCCAAUGGGCUACAUGCAGUUUUCGUGUUGCCUAGGAAACGCUUGUGGAAAUGUGUUAAUGCCAUGACAUUGUGUUGCUAUACAUGUUCGUACUUUGAU